CGCCCCUCCCGCCUUGGCCCCGCCCCGGGCCAUGUCGGACUCGGUGCUGCUGCUGCGGCGUGUGCGGGAGCGCAGUGGCGGGGCAGGGGAGGCGGCCCCGGCCGGUCCCGUUGGGGGGCCCGGCCUGCUCCCAUCACCCCGCCGCAAGCGGGGCCGUCGCCGCCGGUUCUACCCCGAGCACCGGGUGUACCGGGCGCGCUGUUCCUUCCUGGACCUGAGCGAGGAGCAGGUGCUGCGGCGGUACCGGCUGGACAAAGCCGCCAUCGCGGGGCUGUGCCGUGAGCUGGGCGCCGACCUGGAGAGCCUGACGGGCCGCAGCCACGCGCUGCCGGUGGCCGUCAAGGUAACGUCCGCCCUCACCUUCCUGGCGUCCGGCUCCUUCCAGACGGCCACGCGCGACAGCACCGGCAUCAGCCAGUCGGCCAUGUCCAACUGCCUGGCGCAGUUCCUGGAGGCUCUGCAGCGGCGGGCGGCGCGGUACAUCACCUUCCCGACACCGGGGCUCACCGGCACGGCCGCCGGUGCCUUCCCCGGGGUGCUGGGCCUGGUGGGCAGCAUGCACGUGGCGCUGCGGGCGCCCUCCGAGAACGAGCCCGCGUACCGGAACGCUGGCAACUACCACUCCAUGAACAUGCAGGUGGUGUGCGACGCCGCCGGCACCAUCACCAACGUCGUGGCCAAAUUCCCUGGGUCUUGCCCCAACGCCGCCGUCCUGGAGAACUCGGCCUUGGCUCGGCUGCUGGAGGGGGCUCGGCCUGAUGGUGCCUGGCUGCUGGGUGACCGGAGCUACCCGCUGAAGCCGUGGCUGAUGACCCCGAUCGCUGCACCCCGCGGCGCGGCCGAGGAGCGCUACAACGCCCUGCACCACCAGGCGCUGGCAGCGCUGCGGCGGACGCUGGCACUGCUGCGGCUGCGGUUCCGCUGCCUGGACAAGGGCCGGGGGUGCCUGCAGUACGCUCCCCAGAAGGUCUGCCAGAUCUUCUUAGCUUGCUGCAUCCUGCACAACAUCGCCCUGCGCAGGCGCAUGCCCCUGGAGCUGCCCGAGGGGAGCCCCCCCCCCGAAACUGAGCCCGAGCUCCCGCUGCCAGCACCCCCAGGGCACAUCUCCAGCGAGGCCCGGGCCGUGCGGGCGCGCAUCGUGCAGCAGGUCAAGGACGGGCUCGGCUGAGACCCCCCCCCCCAUAAGAUCUGGGGGGGCUCUGUCCCUCUUGGGGACACCUGAGCCUGGCUUUGUGUUGGCCACUGGUUCUGGGGGACGUGAGAGUGGGGAGGAGCCCCUGCAUGGGGCCGACACCAUCCCCUGCUAGAAGAGGGGUGUCCCCAUUCUUUGCAAGGAUGGGAGUUCCCCUGUUUGCGAUAAGGGGUGUCCCCCCAUUCCCUACAAGGAUAAAGAAGGGGGUCCCCUUUCUCCCCCUGUGCUGUGGGGAAUGUUCCCCCCAUUCCCAGCGAGAAA